AUGUACUGUCUUCAACUUAGUACUUCGGAUUGGCUCUUAAGACGACUUCUCAAGGUAUCAAUUACAAUCAAAGAAGCUCAAGCAACGUUGGACCAUUGGUGUCAAAAGGCCAACCCUUACGAGCCUGGCCGCAAAUAUACCAUGGCUUUCUUCCGAAAGCAAUGGGAAUCCGAAAGACGAGCAAACAUCGAGAAUUCAAAAGAUAUCAAGAUUCGCCAACAGAUUGAAUUGGGUAGGUUACUGUGCCUCGAGGACUUACAUUAUAAGGUUUGGCUGGAGGAUGGAACUCAUGAGGAGCGAGCUGCUGAUUGGCUGGAACGGGUUCAACAGCUCGGAAUCGAAAUAGAUGCACAGCGUCAGAAAGUGGGUUUGCCUGAUUGUUUUACUCAUCUAUCAAAGGACGCUGUUGAUUUAUUAUUGAAGGUCUGGUUUGCUAAGACUGAGGUACGCCGCAGAUUUCUUGCUUUGAGGGCAGAACAAAGGCCUUUGGACCCCGAAAACAGAGUUGGUGGUAGCUCGCAUCUUGACAUCCUCCCGGAUGCCAUUCAACCUUUCCUAGAACACAAUAUCAUCAGUUCAGCUUCAUUACACGCAAAGGUAUCUAUUGUCAAAGGCGUCCUUCACAACGAAUUGACCAGGGUCGCCAGGUUAAGUUUCAGGUGGAAUUCUAAGAUUAAGGAGGUCUUUUUGAAAACUGAAGCUCAGGUAGGCGAUAUGCAAUUGCUGGCUCAAUGGCAGUUGCAACUUCGGAAGAUGGAAGGACUACGGUCGAAUGGCUUUGGUUCGACUAAAGCUGGGGACUUUGAGCAUCUAAUGCCUCGAGUUCCAGUUCAACACGAUAUCAUACCUGAUGGUGUUAGAGAAGGUGGACCUGAGGAGCCUGAGGAUGGAGAUUUGUCUGACAUCAACGAGGAGGAAUGGGCACAGGGAAUUGAUGAAGGCAUGAUGCAAAAUAUUAUUCAUGCUGUAGGAAACAAAGAGCCAUCUUGA